GGUCUUGGAAAUUCUCAGAGGGAAUAUGACAGGCAGGUCGUACUCUACAGCAUCCGCAAUCAGUUACGAUACCGGACUAACCUAGUUAAGCAUGUCAAGAAAGAUGAACGUAAAUACUAUGAGGAUCUCUUAAAAUACAGUCGAGAUCAUCUCAUGUUGUACCCUUACCAUUUGUCUGACAUCAUGGUAAAAGGUCUGAGGGUGACACCAUUUUCCUAUUACACGAGCAUAAUGGAGGAUAUAAUGAACAGUGAAAAAAGCUACGAUUCAUUACCCAACUUCACCGCUGCUGACUGUCUAAGACUUCUUGGUAUAGGAAGAAACCAGUAUAUAGAUCUAAUGAACCAAUGUAGGUCUUCAAAAAAAUUUUUCAGAAGGAAAACUGCUCAUGAUCUGUUACCUGUGAAACCUGUGGAGAUUACUAUAGAAGCGUGGUGGGUCGUGCAGUCUGGCUACAUCACUGAGGAUGACAUCAAGAUUUGUACGACAUCGGAGAAAUCUGCUAUUGAUAAGAUAAUUGAUUCAGGGCCUCAGCUUGCUGGUUCAUUAGACUUCAAUGUAGUUCACAGUUUAUAUAACAAAGGAUUUAUUUACCUUGAUGUACCAAUAUCAGAUGACAGCUGUAUAGCAGUGCCACCACUUGAAGGUUUUGUGAUGAACAGAGUGCAAGGUGAUUACUUUGAAACACUCCUGUACAAGAUAUUUGUUUCAAUAGAUGAGCAUACUAAUGUGGCAGAGCUUGCAAAUGUCCUAGAGAUUGACUUGUCUCUAGUAAAGAAUGCUGUGUCCAUGUAUUGCCGGUUAGGCUUUGCUCAUAAAAAAGGCCAAGUAAUAAACCUGGAUAAUCUUCAUCCAUCAUGGAAGAAUGUUCCUUCAAUAAACAGACUGAAGAGUACUUUGGACCCUCAAAAGAUGCUGCUUUCAUGGGACAGUGGGGAAAACAGAAGUCCUAUACAGGAAGCUGGGUCAUCAGCCACAGAUACAGAUACCAACAGUCAAGAUGAUCCAGCUGAAACAGCCAGCGUGAGCAGCCUGAAUCUGUCUGGUGGACACACAAAGCGUAUUGCCUUCCUGUUUGAUUCUACUCUCACUGCCUUUUUAAUGAUGGGAAAUCUUUCACCAAACUUGAAAAGUCAUGCGGUCACUAUGUUUGAAGUUGGGAAACUGUCAGAUGAGAGUCUUGACAGCUUCUUGGUGGAGCUGGAAAAGGUUCAAAGCACAGGUGAAGGGGAAGCACAGCGGUACUUCGAUCAUGCACUUACCCUGAGGAACACAAUACUGUUUUUGCGACAUAAUAAAGACUUGGGGGCACAAGCUGUACAGUCUGAUCAACCAAACAAUGGGUUUCCCUUGGACCUCUUACGAUGUGAGAGUUUGCUCGGCUUGGAUCCAGCUACCUGCAGCAGAGUUCUCAACAAAAACUAUACUCUGCUCGUUUCCAUGGCACCACUCACCAAUGAAAUUCGACCUAUUAGCAGCUGUACACCCCAGCAUAUUGGACCUGCAAUACCAGAAGUCAGUUCAGUUUGGUUCAAACUGUAUAUUUAUCAUAUAACUGGACAAGGACCGCCCUCUCUGUUGCUCUCUAAAGGAACACGUCUUCGAAAACUUCCAGAUAUUUUUCAGGGUUAUGAUCGCUUACUAAUAACAUCUUGGGGCCAUGACCCAGGAGUAGUUCCUACUUCAAAUGUGCUCACGAUGUUGAAUGAUGCUUUGACGCAUUCUGCUGUUCUAAUUCAGGGGCAUGGCAUGCAUGGAAUGGGAGAAAUUGUGCACAUACCUUUCCCAUUUGAUGAAGCUGAGCAACAAGGAGACUUCUCUCGUGUGAACAUGGGCAUUCAUACGGCUUUGAAAAUACUGAGAAACAAAGUAGACUUGCAGCACUUUUGUGGCUAUGUCACUAUGUUGAAUCCUUCAAGUCGGCACGCCAACAGAAAGCUGAGUGAUGCUUCUGAUGGAAGAG